AUGGAUACGUGGAUAAUCGCGGUGGCAUCGUUCGUGCCGAUGUUGCUGCUCUUGGUGGUGGUGCACGAACUGGGGCACUUCUGGUCGGCCAAGGCCUUUGGGAUCAAGGUGCUCGAGUUUGGCGUGGGGUAUCCGCCACGGGCCGUCAGCAUCUACACCGGCCGAACCGAAACACUGCUCACUCCCGGCACCGUCUGCCUCAACGCUUCCAUCGGCGCCGUGCGGCCAGGCCAGGUGAUCCGCGUUCUAUCCGGUGAAAAUCCCGAGGGCCAACUGGUAGCUCACUUUAUCGAGCUGCCCGAAUCGGGUCGGUGGGGAGGAUUGCUUCAAUCUCUUGUUGGGUUGGCGGGCUUUGGCCGGGGACCUCAAUCCGAGAGCAAUCCAGGACAAAUCGCGCGCAGACGGUUGGACGACGUGCAGACGGAUGAGUACCUCCGCCACGAGGGACGUGUUCGAGAGGUGUUGCCGGAUCGCAUCGUGCUGGCCGAUAUGAUCUACUCCGUCAACUGGCUGCCGUUGGGCGGGUUUGUGAGGCUAUCGGGCGAAAACAACCCGGCGGCGCCCGGCAGCCUGGCACGCCGGGGUGUCGGUCAAAGGGCGAUCGUCCUGGCGGCCGGGUCAGCGAUGAACGCGCUUUUCCCCAUAGUGGCGUUUGCCAUUAUGUUCAUGGUCCCGCACACGGAAAUGGUAGGGGGAUCCGCGGAAAUCACAUCGGUUGCGCCAAACUCACCGGCGGAAGCAGCGGGUCUGUUUGCCGGAGACCGUGUCCUGCAAGUGGGCGACCAGCCCUCGGGUACACCGCAAGAAUUGCCCAGAGAGGUCCAUCUCUCCGCCGGUACCGAGAUGACCUGGAUCAUCGAACGGGACGGGCAGCGACAGGUGGCCCAGGUGACACCGCGUGUGAACCCGCCUCCGGGUGAGGGCGCUGUUGGGAUCACAUUUGCCAUAGUGGACCAACAGGAGGUCCGGCGAAUUGAACCUCCAUGGACUGCCGCCCGCCUCGGGGUGACCAGCACAUGGGACAUGCUGACCCUGAUGGGGAGAGAAAUCCGAGGCUGGUUCGGCGGCGGCCGGGGACCGGAACUGAGCGGACCCAUCGGUAUCGCACAGAUCACCGGGGAGGUAACCCGCCAGGGCGGCCUCGAGGGGUGGGUGCUGGUGGCUAUUCUGUUGAGCAUCAACCUGGCGGUGCUGAACAUACUUCCGAUUCCGAUGCUGGACGGCGGGCGUCUCCUGUUCGUAUUCAUCGAGUGGGUCCGCGGAGGCAAACGCGUGCCCUCCGAAAAAGAAGGAUUGGUCCAUCUGAUCGGGUUCGUGGCUCUGUUGGCCCUGGUGAUCGCUAUCUCCGCCAAUGACAUAAUACGGUUGGUGAGAGGCAUAUCCCCGCUGGGUGGAUGA